AUGACCACCGUGUCUUCAUCCCCGACUCCACUAUCUCUCCAUCCUUCCACCUCUCCUCUUCUCAUCCCAUCUCCCUUUCCGACCCCUCGAUCUCUUCCCCUCUCUAUCGCACAGCCCGGAUCUUCACCUCCCCCUCCACCUACACUUUCAGGAUCAUCCCAUCCCGGCCAUCACCUCCUCCGCCUCCACUUCCACCCCUUCUCCACCCCCUCCUUCAACCUCUCCUCCGCCCUCUUUCACGUCUCCACCUCCAACCUCGUCCUUCUCUCUAACUUCAACCCUGCCGACCUCCCCGGCCCCAUCUUGAGGGAGUUCAUCAUUCGAUCCCCCUCCGACGAGCUCAUCCUCUCCUUUACUCCCGCCAGUCAAUCCACCUUCGCCUUCGUCAACGCCAUCGAGGUCUUCUCCGCCCCGGCCGAUCUCGUCCCUGACAUCGCCCGCUUGGUAAGCCCCGAUCACGUCCAAUUCUAUGAUCUUGUUUCCAGUCAAGCUUUGGAGACCCUUUAUAGGAUCAACGUUGGGGGCCUAAAGGUCACACCUUUCAAUGAUACAUUGUGGAGAACUUGGAUUCCUGAUUCCAAGUUCUUGACUUCUGAUUCUCGAACAAAAGUCGUGACCUUUAGUGGUAGGAUAAAUUAUAGAGAACAUAGGGCAAGUCGUGAAGUUGUUCCUGAUAAUGUGGAUAAUACUGCAAGAGUUUUGGAGAUUAAAUUAAACAUGACAUGGGCUUUUGAUGUCAGUGCUGGUUAUCAGUAUUUCAUUCGAAUGCAUUUCUGUGACAUUGCUAGUUUGGCACUCAAUGAGCUUUACUUCAAUAUCUACAUAAAUGGCUAUUCUGCUUAUGAGUAUUUCGAUCUCUCCGAUGCUACUAGCCAGUUUCUGGCUUCGCCUUUCUAUAUGGACUUUGUCACUGAUGUAGUUAAUAGUUCUGGUGUUUUGACUGUGAGCAUUGGUGCUUCCAAUUUUAGUAGUCCCUCAUGGGUACAAGGAAUGCUUAAUGGAUUGGAGAUCAUGAAAAUGAACAACACAGUUGGCAGUUUCGAUGGUGAAUUUCCUGUUAGUGCUAUUUUGGUGAAGCCAGUGAAAGGAUUCUUUGGGGAGUUUGCUCGAUGGUUUGUGUGUGGCAUUGGUUUCAUAAGCUUGUUUUCCAUUGUCUUCAUGUUGGUGUUGAGGUUGAGAGCAGAGGCUUGGAAUGCUUUGGCUUGGUCACGUUUACCUACUGAGGUUUCAGAGGGUAAGCCUGCUAAAGGAAAUCUAAUGCUGACAACUGAGAUAUAG